UAACUAUCAUCCCGAUAACUUUACCUGGCGGUCUUAUCUUCUAAAUAAGCUCGUACCGUCUUUUCAUUUUGCAACUGUUAGACAUGGGUCUCCGAUAACAAUCAGCUAGUCCAGCUGUAAGCGAGAGAGUGGGAGCUAUUGGUAUUCUAACAUGAAUAAGAGAGAAAGACUAUUUGCAACUGGGUUUGCAACAGUUUUUGACGUUCGAAGUCGUACCGUUGCUAACAUAACCUCAUUUACUUCGUAUAUUAUCGUUUUGUUUUGAUUACGCUAUGGAUGUCUAUGAAGAUAUCGACAUAUUAUUUGAUGCAGAUUUAAUAAAUGUGAUCGAAGAAAUAAAUCCACAUCGAACAUAUACUGUUCGCGAAAGGAGAGAUCAUUUCAACUUUUGGAAUGACCAAGAGUUUUUCAAUCGUUUUCGCCUUUCAAAAGCCACAGUAGAAUUAUUAUUUAACGAAAUUCAAGAGCAUUUACAUCAUCGGACCGGAAGGAAUUUAGAUCGAGCUAUUCGUCCUAUGGAUCAACUACUUUUAACGUUGCGAUUUCUGGCCACCGGAGAUUUUUAUAUUUGUACAGGUGAUUUUCUGGGAGUCCAUAAAUCAACAGCAGCAAAAAUAGUUCAACGUGUGGUAACAGCAAUUUGUACGUUAAGAAGGAUUUAUAUUUUUAUGCCGAAUACUGAGGAACAAAGACACGAGAAAAUUAUUAAAUUUCAUAAUUUGGCUCAAUUUCCACGAGUGAUCGGGGCAAUAGACUGUACGCACAUAAAGUUACAAUCUCCAGGAGGUGAGCGUGCGGAAUUAUUUCGAUGUCGAAAGGGCUUUUUUUCAUUGAAUGUCCAAGUUAUUUGUGAUGCCAGUCAUAAAAUUUUGGAUGUAGUGACACGUUGGCCAGGUUCGACACAUGAUGCCCACAUAUUUCAAAAUUCAUCUGUAUAUAUGAGGUUUGAAAAUGGCGAGAUGGGCAAUGGAAUUUUAUUAGGAGAUAGUGGCUAUCCUUCUCGAAGGUAUCUUUUAACUCCGAUUCAUAAUCCUGAAGGACAGGCAGAAAAUCUUUAUAAUGAAUCACAAAUAAGAACUAGGAAUGUUGUGGAGAGAACAUUUGGAAUCUGGAAGCGUAGAUUUCCGGUGCUAAGUGUGGGUAUAAGGUGUCGGCUGAAUUUAGCACAGAGAAUUGUGGUGGCAUGUGCCAUUUUACACAACAUUGCCUGCCAACAAAAUGAAGAAGUUUUUGAAGGGGAUGAUGAAGAGGAUCAGCCCGUGGUAUAUAAUGGUGUAGAAAAUAACGAUGGUGGUGUUGAAGAAAGGGAAACAAUAAUUGAUUAUUUUCGAAAUAUGUUGACUGCAGGAGGAUUUAUAAUUUAGUACAUGCAUAUGUAUUAUUUGUUUCAUGCAAAAUAAAAAAAUGUUUUAUUUUUCUAGCAA